AUGGCCCCAGAACAUGAUUUCUUUUUUAAGAUCCUUUUAAUUGGUGACAGUGGUGUAGGAAAAUCUUGUCUUUUACUUAGAUUUGCUGACGAUUCAUGGACUGACACUCAUAUCAGUACCAUUGGUGUAGACUUUAAAAUUAAAACCUUAAACUUAGAUGGAAAGACUAUUAAAUUACAAAUCUGGGAUACUGCUGGACAAGAAAGAUUCAGAACUAUCACAUCCAGUUACUAUCGUGGUGCACAAGGUAUUAUUUUGGUCUAUGAUUGUACCGAUCAAGACUCAUUCAACAACGUUAAACAAUGGAUGGGUGAAAUCGAUAGAUAUGCAUGUGAAAACGUCAACAAACUCUUGGUAGGAAAUAAAACCGAUCUCGUCAACGAAAAGGUUGUCGAUACCAAUCAGGCUAAAAGUUUUGCAGAGAGCAUGGGUAUUCCAUUUAUUGAAACAAGUGCAAAGAAUGCCACCAACGUAGAGGAAUGUUUUUGUUCAAUGGCCAGAGAUAUUAAGAACAGACUUGCUGAUAUUCAAGAGGCACCAAAGGGUGACGGUGUAACCAUCUCAACACCAAGUAAAACUGGAACCAAAAAGAAGAAACUUUGUCUUAUUUAA